UCAUCAUUUAUAAAGCUAGUCCCAUUUGCAACAUAUCUGAAUAAGAACCGUUAUGUAUCUUCUAAUCUAAUAAAGCAUUUGGGAUUUGCAGUCAUCUAAUGUAACUUUCGUUAUGUAACUUGAGAUGACUGAAACUACAUUUCCCACUUAGUAUCGCGAUUGAUUGCUUCACUAUUUACUAGUUUGCCUUGGAGUAGCCGGGAGUAGCUGCAUUACUUAGGAAAUCCUGUUUCGUGAUUGACUUCCUUAAUAAAUAAAUACUUAUACGCUGUCAUGGCGGACUAUGGAGUAUGCCCUACGUUCCAGCUUGGAAGACCUAGAUAUGAUCAGAGUUCCUUUCUUGGCCGGCUAAGACACUUUGUAGAUAUUAUUGACCCCACCACACUUUUUGUAUCGGAGAGACGAUUGACAGAAUGUGUGAAACUCCUUGAUGAUUAUAAACAUGGCACUUUAUCCCCUGAUGUUUCAGAUCUACAGCUAUGGGAAGCCCAAAAAAUCAAGCAAGCCAUUAUUCAUCCUGACACAGGGGAGAAAAUCUUCAUGCCUUUUCGAAUGUCAGGUUAUGUCCCAUUUGGAACACCAAUUGUUGUGGGGCUUCUUCUUCCAAAUCAGAGUGUAAUAUCCACCAUUUUCUGGCAGUGGCUGAAUCAGAGUCACAAUGCCUGUGUUAACUACUCAAACCGCAAUGCCACUAAGCCUACACCGACAUCUAGGUUUCUUCAAGGAUAUGUUGGAGCUGUGACCAGUGCUGUCUCCCUUGCAGUGGGACUGCAUUUACUGAUUCAGAAAGCCAACCACAUGAGCCCAGCUACCCGAAUGAUCAUACAGAGACUGAUCCCUUUUCCAGCUGUGGCCAGUGCCAACAUUUGUAAUGUGGGUCUUAUGAGGCGCAACGAGCUGUCUGAGGGCAUUGACGUACUGGAUGAGAAUGGGAAUGUGGUUGGGUCCUCGAAGAUUGCUGCCAAGCAUGCAAUUAUGGAGACAGCCUUUACAAGAGUGGUCCUCCCGAUGCCAAUCUUUGUCCUUCCUCCCAUCAUCAUGUCCUACCUUGAGAAAGUUCCAUUACUGCAGACGAAUCGGAGGCUGUUGCUGCCCAUCCACAGCCUGGUGUGUCUGGCUACCUUCGGCCUCUCCCUGCCUCUGGCUAUCAGCCUGUUCCCACAGAUGUCUCAGAUUGAGGUGUCUCAGCUUGAGCCUGAGAUUGCCAUGGCAACUGAUAGCAAGGUGGUGAUCUACAAUAAAGGACUGUAAUGACUGCACCUUCCCCAAAAAGAGAACUGAGGACAUGACAAAGAACUGCAAUGCAAAUUAACUAGAAUUUUGAUUGGCUCUGGUCACUGACAUUUCCGGUCUCUUUCUGGUCUGAGACACUGAUCCUGAGUCAGUUCUCUUUUCUCAGAUGGAUUAAAUGAGGGAAGCUAAUUCCAGAUUGGCUGUACCUAGGGGAAAGCUUCACACCAACAACAGGUUGCUCUGCUCUAAUUAUAUGAAGUAGAAUGGAUUAUCAUAUCUUAACCAAUGUUUACAAUCUGUUGAAUAGAAUGUGAAAAUUAUGUAAAUCAAUAAGAAUGGAGUUAAAAUUAAAGAAUCAGUAAAGUAGUGAGAAUUAUAAAAAUUGACACUCACCUAAAGGAUUAUUAGGAACACCUGUUCAAUUUCUCAUUAAUGCAAUUAUCUAAUCAAUCACA